CAUUUGCUAACCACCCACAUCUCAAAGCUUCUUUUGUUUAACAAAGUCCUAAGAUCAAGUACUUACUUCUCCAAGAAAAAACUUUUUGAUACAAAAUUAUGGGUAUCCGCUUGCUCAGAAUUGUUCAUGCUAAGCAGCUCCUCCAGCAGGUUUUUUCAACUCCAGCGAUCACCGGUGUACCCAAAGGCCAUGUUGCUGUUUAUGUUGGAGAAACUGAGAAGAAGAGAUUUGUAGUCCCAAUUUCAUUUUUGAAGCAUCCUUCGUUUCAAAACUUGCUAAGCCGGGCUGAAGAAGAGUUUGGAUUUGAUCAUCCAAUGGGCGGUCUUACCAUCCCAUGUAGAGAAGAAACCUUCAUAGAUCUCACUUGCAAUUUGAAUUGUUCUUAAGCAAGGAGAAGAAGGAAUAGCUAGCCUUUAGAGACCGAUAUUCUAACACCAUUGAGCAAAAGAAAGCAAAUGCUUCAAUUUUGAAUUAGAAGAAUUGGUUGUUUGUUGUAUAUGUGAUGUAACAUUUGAUUUUUUUUUUAGAAGCAAACUGAAAGUUGAAUCUCUUUGCAUCAAUUGAGUAGCUUAAAUUAUUCUUUCC